GGAACGAGCAUUGAACACAUCCCAGCCUGGGGCCCUUCAGCUUACGGUGGGAAACCUGAAGCCAGAAGCCAUGUACACCUUCCGAGUUGUGGCCUACAAUGAGUGGGGACCAGGGGAGAGUUCUCAACCCAUCAAAGUGGCCACUCAGCCUGAAUUGCAAGUUCCAGGGCCAGUAGAAAACCUGCAAGCUGUAUCUACCUCACCUACCUCAAUUCUUAUUACCUGGGAACCCCCUGCCUAUGCAAACGGUCCAGUCCAAGGUUACAGAUUGUUCUGCACUGAGGUGUCCACGGGAAAGGAACAGAAUAUAGAGGUUGAUGGACUAUCUUAUAAGCUGGAAGGCCUGAAAAAAUUCACGGAAUAUACUCUUCGAUUCCUAGCUUACAAUCGCUAUGGGCCAGGAGUAUCUACUGAUGACAUAACAGUGGUUACACUUUCUGACGUGCCAAGUGCCCCGCCUCAGAACGUCUCCCUGGAAGUAGUUAAUUCAAGGAGUAUCAAAGUAAGCUGGCUGCCUCCUCCGUCAGGCACACAAAAUGGAUUUAUUACCGGUUAUAAAAUUCGACACAGAAAGACGACCCGCAGGGGUGAGAUGGAAACAUUGGAGCCCAACAACCUCUGGUACCUCUUCACAGGACUGGAGAAAGGAAGUCAGUACAGUUUCCAAGUGUCGGCCAUGACAGUUAAUGGCACUGGACCACCUUCCAACUGGUACACAGCAGAGACUCCUGAGAAUGAUCUGGAUGAGUCUCAAGUCCCUGACCAACCAAGCUCUCUUCAUGUGAGGCCCCAGACCAACUGCAUCAUCAUGAGUUGGACUCCUCCCUUGAACCCAAACAUCGUGGUGCGAGGUUACAUUAUUGGUUAUGGUGUUGGGAGCCCUUAUGCUGAGACAGUACGUGUGGAUAGUAAACAACGAUAUUAUUCCAUUGAGAGAUUAGAGUCAAGUUCCCAUUACGUAAUCUCCCUAAAAGCUUUUAACAAUGCAGGAGAAGGAGUUCCACUUUAUGAAAGUGCCACCACCAGAUCUCUAACAGAUCCCACUGACCCCGUUGAUUAUUAUCCUUUGCUUGACGAUUUCCCCACCUCGGCCCCAGAUGUCUCCACCCCCAUGCUCCCACCAGUAGGUGUACAGGCUGUGGCUCUUACCCAUGAUGCCGUGAGGGUCAGCUGGGCAGACAACUCUGUCCCUAAGAACCAAAAAACAUCUGAAGUGCGACUUUACACUGUCCGGUGGAGGACCAGCUUUUCUGCGAAUGCGAAAUACAAGUCAGAAGAUACAACAUCUUUGAGUUACACAGCAACAGGCCUCAAACCCAACACGAUGUAUGAGUUCUCAGUCAUGGUAACAAAACACAGAAGGUCAAGCACGUGGAGCAUGACGGCCCACGCCACCACAUAUGAAGCAGCCCCGACCUCUGCUCCCAAGGAUUUGACAGUCAUUACUCGAGAAGGGAAGCCUCGUGCUGUCAUCGUGAGUUGGCAGCCUCCCUUGGAAGCCAAUGGGAAAAUUACUGCUUACAUCUUGUUUUAUACCUUGGACAAGAACAUACCAAUUGACGACUGGGUGAUGGAAACAAUCAGUGGUGAUCGGCUUACUCACCAAAUCAUGGAUCUCAACCUUGACACAAUGUACUACUUUCGAAUUCAAGCACGAAAUGCAAAAGGAGUGGGGCCUCUCUCUGAUCCCAUCCUCUUCAGGACUCUGAAAGUAGAACACCCUGACAAAAUGGCUAAUGACCAAGAGCCACCCGUUGGCCAGAUGCACCCCCCACAUGGCAGUGUCACUCCUCAGAAGAACAGCAACCUGCUUGUGAUCAUUGUGAUCACCGUUGGCGUCAUCACAGUGCUGGUGGUAGUGAUCGUGGCUGUGAUUUGCACCCGGCGCUCUUCAGCCCAGCAGAGAAAGAAGCGGGCCACCCACAGUGUUGGCAAGAGGAAGGGCAGCCAGAAGGACCUCAGGCCCCCUGACCUUUGGAUACAUCAUGAAGAAAUGGAGAUGAAAAAUAUCGAGAAGCCAUCGGGCACUGACCCCACAGGAAGGGACUCUCCCAUCCAAAGUUGCCAAGACCUCACACCAGUCAGCCACAGCCAGUCAGAAACCCAACUGGGAAGCAAAAGCACCUCUCAUUCAGGUCAAGACACUGAAGAAGCAGGGAGCUCCAUGUCCACUCUGGAAAGGUCACUGGCUGCACGUCGAGCCACUCGGGCCAAGCUUAUGAUUCCUAUGGAUGCCCAGUCCAACAAUCCUGCUGUCGUGAGUGCCAUCCCUGUGCCAACCCUGGAAAGUGCCCAGUACCCAGGAAUCCUUCCAUCUCCCACGUGUGGAUACCCCCACCCACAGUUUACCCUCCGGCCCGUGCCAUUCCCCACACUGUCAGUGGACCGAGGUUUCGGAGCAGGAAAAACAGUGAGUGAAGGACCAGCCACCCAACAGCCACCGAUGUUGCCCCCAGCACAGCCUGAGCAUCCCAGCAAUGAGGAGGCACCAAGCAGAACCAUCCCCACAGCCUGUGUUCGACCAACACACCCACUCCGCAGCUUUGCUAAUCCUUUGCUACCUCCACCAAUGAGUGCAAUAGAACCGAAAGUCCCUUACACGCCACUCUUGUCUCAGCCAGGGCCUACUCUUCCCAAGACUCAUGUUAAAACAGCCUCUCUUGGGUUGGCUGGAAAGGCAAGAUCUCCUUUGCUUCCUGUAUCUGUGCCAACGGCCCCUGAAGUAUCCGAGGAGAGCCACAAAGCAACAGAGGAUCCAGCCAAUGUGUAUGAACAGGAUGAUUUGAGUGAGCAGAUGGCAAGCUUGGAAGGGCUAAUGAAGCAACUUAAUGCCAUCACAGGCUCGGCCUUUUAACACGUCUUACCCAAUUGAUGAGGUGUAUUUUUCCGGGAACUUUGCAGCAUACCAAUUACCCAUAAGCAGCACACCUGUGUCCAAGAACUCUUAACCAGUGUACAGGUCAACCAUCAGGACCACUCAGUUACGGAAGAUCCUGAAGCAGUUCAGAGGGAAAAAGCAUCCCUUCUUUCAUAGGUAUCAGGAAAUUCACAAUGGUUACCAUGGGGCCCCUAAACAAAAGCAAAGAUCCAUCCUCACUGCAAUGUCAAGGCUGAAGCUGCUAGCCGAGUCCUGGGUCUUUGCCACUGCAGUGACCACACUGUCCUAACUAAGGCUUGGGUUUUCCUUCAUUGAGGCCUGUCAUUUCCUUUCUGUGUAGGUCUAGUCUUACAAAAUGCAAGUGCAUUAUCCAAGCCUGUACCAUGCCAUGGCAAAUCAGUGCAAGCUCAUUAUUUUGUUUUCAACUUCAAAGUACAGAGCACCCAUGGAAAUUCUCUUGCCACAUAGCACCAAAGGACUGGAUGUUUUCUUGACAGCACAAAGAGUAAAUAAGUAAACAAACAAAAGGCAGUGAAUUCUUAUGUUUUGUAACUCAGACAUUCAUCUUGCACAAGUGGUGGUUAUUAGCCAGUGGCGGUAAAAUUCACCCAUUUUAGCAAGUAUUUGUAAAUCCACCCUUGGUUAAUAUUUAUGUCUGGAGAACAGGGAAGUAAAAAUCUGCAACUAGGGGCAUCCAGCCAGCAGCAAUCCGUUUCCUGAAAGAGGAUACAAUAUGCAGUCUUCUCAGACACACGGUAAUUAUGUGCUUAAGCUUGUAACAGGACACUUUUCAAUUGGGGUGGCUUUUGUGCCAUAUCACACUGUGAUGACAUUUCAAAGCUUCACCACAGCCAUCUUCCUCAGAAGUCGGGCCAGAAGAGCUCCCCCCCUUCGUCCUGUCCCUCCCUGAGUUCUCCUUGGCAGCCAGCCUUGGGCGAGGUGGCCGGCUCCACACAUCGCUUGGCCUCCUGACCAACAUCCCUGUCACCCUCUGUGGAAAUGGCAGACUCCCUGAGAACAGGCCCUGAGGAAGGGAAGGAAAAUGGAAGGCAGUUUCAAGGGUACCUGUUCUUGAGUGAUGUCACUUCCUCCAACAGGCUCCUCACUGACUUAGAGGGGGCAGUAUUGGUCAGUGGCGACCACCAGGCCCUGUUGUCAAGGGAACCUUCUACACUACGCCUGCCCAGAGUCAGAGAGGAGCAGAGGGCAAGGUGUCACUUGAUACUUCUGACACAUUAUAAAUCCAGUGGAUACCUUCCAGAGCUGCAUCUUCAUUGAACUAGAAUUUUAAACUUCUAACACCAUGUUUAUCUACAGCUUGGAACUAGGUGAAAUUAAGAACAUUUUGUGUGCACCCUUUUAGUUUCUAAAUUUUCAGCCGCAUUUGGAGUUAAUCCCUGUUUAUGCAGCUGAAUUGCCAAAAGGGAGCUAGUUUGCAUAUUUGUCAGUUAGGCGACUUGAAAACCCAGUAAGAGAGUUUCAGCUGAAUUAUUCCUUUCAGCUCUCUUUGAUUUCAAGCUUGAGUAGGUCAUAAUUUUAAAAGAGCAUGGAAGGGAUAGGAUCUUUACAACCUAAUAGCUCCUUUUAUUAGGUGGGUAAUUAUAUAUGAAUCCCUGAAUAAAAUAUUUUGAGCAAAAUGGCACUGUAACAGAAGUAAUAAUUCAGAUUAUUUUUUUACAGUUUUAUGUCGGGAAGGAAAUCUGAUGUCAAAGAGAGGGGUUGUUCAAAUGGUUCAUUAGAAAGUCCGGUCCAUUUGUGAAAUUGUUCCUUCAACAAGAGUGCUUAUUCAAUUUACUAAGAUUUUCUUGAAGUUCUUCUGAAAAGCUAUGUGACGUUAUUCUAUGGGGCAGAUUACUCUUCUUCAAAAUCUGGACACUUGGGUAGACAGCCCUCCACUGACCGGGAACAAGGCAUUUCCUAACAUAAUGUUGAAUCUUGCAGAAAUAAUUCAUUACUUCAGAAAAUGUUCAUUAGGCUAGCUUUACCCUCUCGAGGUCCUAGAAUGCCUCCCCUAUUUCUAAUACUAAUAAACAAGUAACAUUCUCUGAUGGUAUUUGUUAUCCAAGGAAUGUCAUCCUGAGUGCUCUGUUUGGAAUGGGCUACAAAUCUCAAAUUUCAGAUUGAGUAUAGACUGUAUCUGGACAAUCAAGAGAAUAGCAUUCUUCACAAAAUUCUCAAUGAUUCUAGUCAAAGUCCCUGACCUUAAUAAAUAAAAAUUUUUAAAACUACAUGAAAAUAUGCAUUAUUUGUUUUCAGCAAGAGGUACAUUUCUGGUGCAUGCUCUUGAAGCUUUCUUCAUUAAAGAAAUACAAUGCUUUAUUUUAGUAAUUGGUAUUGCUAGUAAGUCUUGCUUCAUGCCUUGAAGAUAUAGUAGAAUCCAUUUGAAUUCUCUCAAGAGACUCUCCUGUGCUUUUCCCAAUGAUUUUAAUAUGCAAUGACUUUGCCACAACUUUUGUAAAGCUCUGCUCCCCACUCUGCCAAAGAGUUCACAUAUGUAUAUAACUGCCUGCUCAAAUUUUCAGGUAACUGUUUAAUUUCCCAGUCUUCUGAUCUCUUGACAAGAAGCAGUCUGUGAAGACUGCAAGAUAGCCUCUAUUUUGUUCCUUACUCCGAGCCUAGUUCAUAACAUACAGGGCUCUUUAAGCUCAUAAAUCUCUCUGACUCCCGCAGGGCGAUGCUUGACAGCCAACCAGCAGCUCUGCCACCAGGACUCAUUUCUCCCUGAAAAAGAAGAAAAUAAAACUUGGCAGGGCAUGCUCAGGACUCCCCUGCAUUGGGCUGAACUGUCAGGCAAGAGCCUCCUCUUGAAAAAGUCUGGUAUUUUUCUUUUGUAUUUCAUACCGAUGAGAAAGCUAUUUUUCUUUCCUCUAGAAAUUUCUUCAUUUGUGACACUCACAAAAAUGCAGAGAGCUCAAAAUGCAUAAGGCAGGAGGAUGCUCUAGCCAAAAGUUAAAUAUUUCUUAGCGAUUCAUAUUCAGAAAAAAAAAAAAGUCAUAGCAACCUCUUUGUAGAAUAUGCUAUAACCUUCUAGAAUAUGUAAACAAUGGAAUUUCACAUUUGGGUAUUAUAAAAUGCACACUCAAUUGAACAAUCUGGAAAAAAAAUGGAGAGAAACAGAUCAAGAUUUAAGAGGUGAACUUAUUAAAGUUUCCCAUGAGGGAUUAGAUAUAAUAUUUUUCUCUUCAAAAUAUGGGGUGCUUGAAAUGACAUGUAUGUUAGGUCCUCUGCCUCAGUAGGAGCUACAAAAGGAGAGUGGCCCAGCAUUAGUGUGUCAUUCCCAUCAAUAUUUGGAAACUUUAAAGUUUGGCACUCACAGCUGCUCCAAUAAAGAAUCUCUAAGUAGAGGUUUUCCUGGAAAACCUUCAUAGUCUGUGUUUGAAGAUGGUUGCUCAUUGUUAUCCACCCUUUUGAUACAUCUGGCUGUUGACUUUGUUUAGAGAAACAUCUAAAGUCUUCUCCAAAUUUAACAGAGGGUUUCAUAUGGCAGCUGGACUGUCACUCCAACAACAACAACAAAAAAAUGUCACCUCUAAAGAAAUCACCUUACCAUUUCAGAUGAAAUUGUAUCCCAGACUCAGACUUCUUAUGGUUUUAGAAUUUCCAUCUCUAGUCCAUAAGAGAGAGACAAAUAGAAAAAAUUUCCUAGUUUUAGGUGUGUUUAGAGAAAACAAAAUCCUCUGAAUUUUCAAAUAGAUGUGGAAUAAGGUUGCUUUCCCUCCCUCAAUCAACUAGUUGACUUCAUACGAUCACAGACCAUCCUGAAGGCCAGAGUAGCCUCCCUUGCCUGUUCAUAACCAUAUAUACAAUACAGAGCCCGUAACAUAGCAGAGCUUCAGAAGCAGGCAUACACACUCACAUCCGCCAUCUCUCUCUUUUUAAAAUUACUUUCAAAGCAACAUUUUACUCAUGGUGUCUAUUUCUCUAGUGACUUUCAGAAAUCACUUAACUAUUGCACAGAAUAGCUUUCCACGGGGUUCCCCUGUUUUAAAUUACAUUACUUAGAAAAUCGUAGAUAUUUUGUGCAAUAUUCCAUUCCAAUGAAAAAUACACAUUCCCAUGCCUCAGUGUACUUUGCUAUCCAAAUACCUGCUUCCAAAAGGUAAUGAUGAAAAGAAAUGCCUAUUUCCUGGUCAGUGAGGUUAAAUAAGAGACAAAUACCAUGCCCAUAUCAGCAAAUAAAUAUCACUUCUGGGCUCUGCUUUGCCGCCGCUGGGUAACGUUCACUUGGCGACUUCUGGCCGCACUCUCUGAAGGACUUCUUCUCCUGCUCUCAGUAGAGAGCCUUUGUACAGUGUCAUCCUAUAAUUUUUUUGUUGGCUGGACAGCAACAGCAAAACUCUGCAAGAUGUCACAGAUGCAUGGGCCAAGGGAUCUCACUGUGUGCUGAAAGUGUUAUUUUCAGAUGCAAGAAAGGAAUGUUGGAGAGGAGGAGAAGGGCUGUUUUUUAUUAUUGUAGGGUAAACCUGACAAUUCUGACCUUGGUGAAUUGUCAGCUUGUU